UUUCUUUAUUCUUUGACUUGCUCAUCUCGCUGCACACACAGCCACACAGAGUCGGUGCUUAAAUUAAGUGGAGACAUUAUAAAGCCUAGUGCAAAUUACAAUGAAGAAGUACCGUCACAAUUUUUGAACUCGAGACAUUAUUACCCGAUUUUCAAGGAUUGCAUUGGAGCUAUCGAUGGGACACAUGUGAGGGCAUCUGUUCGAGAACACGAGCAACCAAAAUAUAUUCGUAGAAAAGGAUACGCGACGCAAAACAUAAUGGCCGCAUGUGAUUUUAACAUGUGUUUUACGUUUGCAUGGGCUGGAUGGGAGGGGACGGCACAUGAUACUAGAAUUUUCAAUGAAGCAUUGCGUAGACCCGAGGUUAAUUUUCCACGUCCAUCGGGUGAUAAAUAUUAUGUUCUUGAUGCUGGAUAUCCAAAUACGAGAGGUUAUCUUGCUCCAUAUAAAGGAACCAAGAUUCGUUAUCACAUACCUGAUUUUCAUCGUGAAAAAACGACUGCUAGUCGUGCUCCUAAAGGAGCUAAAGAGAUAUUUAACUACCAUCAUUCAUCAUUGAGAAAUGUCAUUGAACGAACUUUUGGAGUAUGGAAAGCUAGAUGGGAGAUAUUACAACAUAUGCAUGUGAAUUACACAUAUGAGACACAAGUGAAAAUCCUGCUAGCAUCUAUGGCGGUUCACAAUUAUAUUAGAAAGAAAGAUGCAUGUGAUGAUGGAUUUAUCAAGGCGCAACGAGAGUCUUACACUCCAAAUAAUGGUAUUCAUGGUCGAGGAUCUAGUAGCAUUGAUGGAAUCGAUGAAGACACAAGUACAAAUCGUAGAAAGGAUGGUUUAUAUAUGAGUGUUGUUAGAGAUAUGAUUGCAGGAGAUCUAAUCCAAUCAAGAUGAAUGUAUUAUUGAAUAUUGAUGUAUUUUCUUUUUAACUCUAGUACUUAUCAUUUGGAAAAUUAAGAAAAGUUAUUCAAAAA